GCAACAGCAACAGCAGCAGAAUGCAAACCAUAAAAUGCGUGGUCGUCGGUGACGGUGCGGUCGGUAAAACCUGCCUGCUCAUUUCCUAUACGACCAACAAAUUUCCUUCCGAGUACGUACCGACCGUGUUUGACAAUUACGCCGUAACGGUCAUGAUCGGUGGCGAACCCUACACGCUCGGUUUGUUUGAUACAGCUGGCCAGGAAGAUUACGAUCGGCUACGACCAUUGUCGUACCCUCAAACAGAUGUAUUUUUAGUAUGUUUCUCCGUCGUUAGUCCCAGUUCAUUUGAGAAUGUAAAAGAAAAGUGGGUGCCGGAAAUAACGCACCAUUGUCAGAAAACGCCGUUCCUGUUGGUGGGCACGCAGAUUGAUUUGCGUGACGAGAACAGUACGCUGGAGAAGUUGGCUAAAAACAAACAGAAACCCAUCACCCUAGAGCAGGGUGAAAAGCUGGCGAAGGAACUGAAGGCAGUAAAGUAUGUCGAGUGUUCUGCGCUGACCCAGAAAGGGCUUAAGAACGUUUUCGAUGAGGCAAUUCUAGCUGCGCUGGAACCACCAGAGCCAACGAAAAAGAGGAAGUGCCGAUUUUUGUAAAAACAAAACAAAAAAACAAACAA